AUGCAACGAGUGUCAAUUCUUCGCAAAGAAACCACCGGCGGGACCCUCGAGGAGAAUCCAAGACCCAUGGUAACGACACGAGUUGAGGCGGAUGCCACCGUGUCGAUGAUGCCCUCGUCAGAGCGUAUCAGCAGUAUGUUACUGAUCUGCAAUGAUUGCCGUAUCGUGGGGGGUCAAAGUGAAGUCGGUCUCGUUCUCCCGUUUGGGCCUAAGGUGUAUCUCUUCAAAUGGGAGGCGCAUUCUCGCUUCGGCCUUUUCACAUUUUGGUGCCGGAUGUUUCAUAAUCUCAAUCUUUUGUGUAGGGAAGGGCCUUUCAUGAGUACCCAUCUUCCAUUGUUUGAUGAAGAUCCUGCCGCGUUGAUGUACUUUGGCGUACACAGCGGAAGGGAACAUGACCUCAUCCUGUAUGCAGCGCUGGGCCAAUCCGGUUGUGUGGCCAUGUAUACAUACGAUAACGAUGAGUAUGGUUUUGGCAUGUGUGUUGAGUACAUGAAGGAAAUUGACGUCCGUUUGAGCUGUUCUGGUGAUAAGUCGCAUGUCACAUUUCCAUCUUCCCUUCCCAGCAUCAUGGUUAGCCGCGUGGCUGCCUAG